AUUGCCUUUGAUUUAUGGUAACUGAUCAUUUUUUUCAGCAGUUAUCCCCUAGGGAUGAUGUCUCUCUAACCCAACCAUGGUUUGUGAGAUGAGGACCAUGUCAUCAGCAUAUAACAAUAGUGACAGGGAAAAUCAUAUUUCAGGGAAAAAACUAUUUGCAAUAUCAUAUAUGAAAAAGAUAAAUGAAAAAUGAGCAAGGGUAGACCCUUCCUUCACUCUACACAUGGCGGGACCAGGCAAUCUUUGUUCUCACCAGCUGUUGUCAUGGGAAAGAGACAAAUAAAUGAUGAAGUCAACAGACAGGAGACUUUGGAAGUGGAGUUGAACCAGCCGUCAGAAUCAGCCAUGGGAACUGUGAGCCAACCAUGGACACUGCCUCAUGCUGGAAAAUCCGUGCAGACAUUCAGCAGGAAUGUUUAUGGGUCUCUUUCCCAUAACAAGCCCCUCCAAGGUAGCAGUAUUAUCAAGGCUGAGCGGAUGAAGGACCAACUCCUACCUCGAGAUGAGUGGAAUCCUUUGGAAGUGAAAACAUUAAACACACUCCAGCUACUCUUGGAUAAAACGAAAAAUGUGAAAAAAUCAGUAGAGAAUCAGACAGGUUUAAGGAAGCAGUCCAUUCAGCAUGUCAAAGGCCUCCCUUCUAUUGGUCAUGAGGAGGCAUCUGUGGCUGCCACUUACUUGAGUCAAAGGAACCAAAUCAGCAGAAACAGGCUCCACUUGGAAUCUGCCAACAGCAUCUCUACCUACUUCCAUCCACCUGGAUAUUCCCAUUGCCAAGGCAGACUCCUGGCAGAAGCAUCUGUGUUUAAAAACACAGGGUCAAAUGUUGGUCAACGUUAUGGUGCCUUGGAUCACCUCAACCGGCCUGGGAAGAAAUACCCUUACGACAAACUCAAUGGUUUCCUCCAAAAUAUCACUAAACCCUAUUGGCUCACAAACCGACAAACUCCAAGCUUACUGAAUGACUUCAACAUCUUUAAGAUUGAUGUUGACAAUCUAGAAGUAUGCUUGACUGGUUGCAAGAGGGAACGUGAGGAAGUAGAGGCUUAUUGUAGCAGUGAAUUUGUGGUGAAUGGGAUUGUUCAUGAUAUUGCCACAAUAUACAAAGGAACGUAUUUGGUGACCCUGCUGGUGAACAACAAAGGACUCUACAAGACAAAUCGGCUGUUCCUGAACCCUGAUGGCUAUUUCUUUCGAGUUCAGAUACUUGUUGUGGAUGCCUUGAACUGUAGCAAACUCUGUCCAGACUUCAAACUUGGUGGCAGGUACAUUGUGAUGGGUCGCCUUUAUCAUCGGAGAAGGCAGUUGCCUACAAUUCUGCAAGAGCGUGUAAGAGGGCGCCUGAGGCCAGGAGACGGGCUACUUUGCAGAGGCAACAGCUACAUGAAGAGGUUCAAUAGAAGGCGGGAUCAAAAAAUUCAAGGGGCAGCUCGCUCCCAGUGUAGAUGAGAAUGCAACACAGCCGCAACAUUCCCUGGGUUUAAAAGCAGUUUUAAGGUUACAGGUGGAUGAAAAGCCAUCUCUGGUUUUGCUACAGGCUCAUAAUACUUUCUGUGUGAAAAAUCUCUUGCUUUUGCUUUUAAAACAAGGAGCUGGAGCCUGCUGCAGCCUCUAAUUUCUUAACACAGUUAUCUAGGCAUGAAUUUCCAUCGGCUUCAACAACCUCCUAGCCACAAAAUAAAAGAGGUUCGUGGUACAGAAUGCCUGUUCUGGAAUACUUCACAGAUGAAUCAAGUAUGAAUUUUAAUACAGUAGGCAGUUUUACUACAGUACUUUCCAUUUCUUGGGUACUCCUUUAGUAGCAUUUGUACCUGUAACUACAUUGCUUUGUCAG